AUGAAGGUAGAACUUGUCUUUUUGAUUUUGUUGUUGUUUGUCUUGACCGUGGAGGGGGACAUAAAAUGCAUAAACGCUGGAGGAAAUUGCCAGACAACGACUUGUGGCGGAGUUUGGAAAAGUGGUCUUUGUUACGGUGCCGCAAACAGGAGGUGCUGUAUCGGCGAUGUGAGAGACAGUAAAUGUAAAAACAUUGGGGGAAACUGCCAGACGACUGCAUGUGAUGGGUCAUGGCGAAGCGGACUUUGCUAUGGGCCCACGAACAGACGCUGUUGUAUCGAUAACAAAGAUGAAGAUAAACUAAGCCACUCUGAGGCAGCGGCCCUACUCUCUUUGGCUGGCAUCGGUUUACAAUCCAGUGGUGGAUGCUCAAACAGGAAUGUUCGAACAUGCACUAGUCUAGAGCAGAUCCGACGAGCCACUAUCCUUGGAACAAUCACAGAACUCAAGAUACCGAGCAAAUGCCCAAUGACGGUAUCCGGUGGCACAGAGACAGGUCACUCAAGGAAGGGAGUGUACAGUCACUGGAACGGCUAUAAGAUCGACCUAAGACUCAACGAUUGCCUUGCAAAGUAUAUCAAGAAGAACUUCCCGUUCCACCGUUUGAGAGGACGUUAUCCAGUGUACAAGGCCCCGUCUGGGAACGAGUAUUGUCUGGAAGGGAACCAUUGGGACAACACAUACUACUAA